GGAUGGAGGUUACUUCUCCUCUAAAGAAAAAAGACCGCACUAAGCUUCUCCUCACGCCAUCUCGAGAGGAUCUUCGCCCAAGCCAUCCACGCCGCCACCAAGCCUCCUCUUCUUCCUCUCCAUCGCCGACCACCAAGGCCGGCGGCGCCACCACUUUCCCUUCAUCACCGCCGUCGGCUGACCAUCCUCUCAUCAUCUUCUCAAGCCAUCUCUCACGGACACAUCCCCGACACCAUCAGCCCUCACACCAUCUUCAUUGACGCAAGAUCUGAUCACGCCUUCAUUCAGCCACCACCGGAGCUCCUCUCCUCUUCAGGGUUAGAAGAGGAGAGGCUCCGACCAUUUCUCCAGAUCCAUCCAGCCUUUGUUGAGAUUCCAUCCCUUAUCAACGGGCUUUAAUACCCACGCUUUAGCCCUUAAUCGCCUAGUCAUCAUUCAAUAGUGGUAGUGGCCAAGUAGGGUUUUAAUAAAUUCCCAAACGCGAGGUUGCAUGUGCUCCCCAUGACGCUCUCUGUAGAACCUGCCUUCGUUGGCGCCGGUUGCAACCGCAUCGUGAACAAUGUUUCCUGGGGUCCCUCAGGCUUGGUGGCCUUCGGCGCCCAGAACGCCGUCGCCGUCUUCUGCCCGCAGAGUGCUCAGAUAUUGACUACGCUUCCAAGACACAAGGCUGUUGUUAACUGCACGCUAUGGCUUCCCUCGAACAAAGAUGCCCACAAAGUUCUAAAUGCAGAGGUGCAUUAUUUGCUCUCAGGAAGUUCUGAUGGUCUACUUGUGGUGUGGGAAAUGCACCUCAAAAGAAGAGAGUGGAGAAGUGUAUUACAAGUAUCGGAAAGGCAUAAGAAAGGCAUUACAUGUCUAAGUGGAUUGAUGAUUUCUCCUACUAAGGCUAUGUUUGUUUCUACUUCUUCAGAUGCUCUCAUUUGUACAUGGGAACUGAUUUUUCCAUCCAGUAUGUCAGGGGAUUGCAAAAUUUCCUGUUUGGAGUCUUUCUCUGUGGGUUCAAAGCCUAUGGUUGCACUGUCCUUGGCUGUCUUACCAGGAGACACAGGCAAAGUUAUUUUAGCCAUGGGAGGACUAGACCAAAAGAUUUAUAUUUACCUUGGCCAGUUUACUGGAAAAUUUGUUCGUGUUUGUGAGCUAAAAGCUCAUACAGACUGGAUAAGAAGUUUGGAUUUCUCUUUACCAGUUUGUUUAGAUGGACAAAAAGAAAGUCUUUUUCUUGUAAGUUCAUCUCAGGACAGAAGCAUACGAAUAUGGAAGAUGGUUAUGUGUAGUUCUUUAGCUAAUCCUCAAAUGCCACUGAGGAAAGAAAGAAUUGGCUUGGCAUCAUACAUCGAAGGCCCUUUAUUUAUGGCCGAUUCUAAUUCCUACCAGGUUUCCCUGGAGUCUUUGCUUGUUGGGCAUGAAGAUUGGGUAUAUUCUGUCGAGUGGCAACCUCCUUUUUUUGAUGGAAGUAAAGCUCAUCAACCUAUGAGUAUUUUGUCUGCAUCUAUGGAUAAGACAAUGAUGAUAUGGAGACCUGAAGAAAGCACCGGUAUCUGGCUAAAUGUGGUCUCUGUUGGUGAGUUAAGUCAUUCAGCCUUGGGCUUCUACGGUGGCCACUGGGCAUCAGAUGGUGAGUCAAUUCUUGCUCAUGGUUAUGGUGGAUCAUUUCAUUUAUGGAGGAACACUGGCGUGGAUUAUGAAAAUUGGAAACCACAGAAUGUUCCCUCUGGUCAUUUUGCUUCUGUAUCUGACAUUGCAUGGUCCAAGAAUGGUGAAUAUAUACUUUCUGUAAGCCAUGACCAAACAACUCGUGUGUUUGCUCCCUGGCAUAGUGAAGCAUCUCUUGAGGAGAGGAUUAGUUGGCAUGAGAUUGCACGGCCUCAAGUUCAUGGUCAUGAUAUUAAUUGUGUGGCCAUUAUACAAGGGAGUGGGAAUCAUCGGUUUGUCAGUGGUGCUGAUGAAAAAGUUGCUAGAGUUUUUGAGUCUCCUUUGUCCUUUUUGAAAACACUUAAUCAUGCAAUACAAAAAUCCUGCUGCUUUGAAGACAUUUGUGAAGUACAGGUAUUGGGGGCUAACAUGUCUGCUCUUGGAUUAUCGCAGAAACCUAUUUAUGCACAUGCUACUGGUGAAGUUCCAAGCAGGCUUCAGAAUGAUGUUGCAGAUUCUCUAGAAACAAUUCCUGAUGCUGUGCCUGCUGUUUUGACUGUGCCUCCAGUUGAGGAGCAACUUGCAUAUCAUACACUGUGGCCUGAAUCUCACAAGCUUUAUGGUCAUGGAAAUGAAUUGUUUGCCAUCUGUUGUGAUCACAAAGGAAUGCUAGUUGCUUCAUCAUGCAAGGCUCAAUCAGUAGCUGUGGCAGAAAUAUGGCUAUGGAAGGUUGGAUCCUGGAAGGCUGUUGGUCGCUUGCAAUCUCACAAUUUGACAGUUACACAGAUGGAAUUCUCCCAUGAUGACUCUUUCCUUUUAUCUGUUUCAAGGGAUCGCCAUUUUUCUAUCUUCUCAAUUGAUAAUUCUGGUGAAACAAGCUAUCGGCUAGUUGCAAAGCACGAAGCACACAAGCGAAUUAUUUGGGCCUGUUCAUGGAAUCCAUUUGGAAACCAAUUCGCAACAGGGUCAAGGGAUAAGACUGUCAAGGUUUGGGCCAUUGAGGGUGGCUCGUCUGUCAAGCAACUCUGCAUCUUGCCCCAGUUCCAUGAUAGUGUUACAGCUUUAGCUUGGCUGGGCAUUGAUCGAUCCAGGAAUGCUGGAACUCUCGCUGUUGGCAUGGACAAUGGUCUCCUAGAACUCUGGAGUGUCUCUGGUGGACAAAUUACUGUCGGAGACUCAGAAUCACCCCCAUUUGGUGCUGUUCUUGCAAUACGGCUUAGCCCAUUCUUGUGCCAUGUCUCCACAGUUCUCCGUUUAGCCUGGAGGGAACCAGAAUCACAUGGUGGCGACCCAAGCUUGAUGGAGCUUGCAUCUUGUGGAGCUGAUCAAACUGUUAGGGUAUUCAAGGUGUUUGAUCAUUGAAGAUUGUUUGUCAGGCGGAACUCAUCCAAAAAAGUUGAAAGGUAUCAAACAGCAAUCAAAAUUUGCAGGAUGAGACAAGUUUUUGCAAUGCUGGUGCCAUGAACAAUCUAAUUCCAGCUUUAAAUAUCUGCUAUGAAUCAAUCAACAACCAAGGAGAAAAAGAGCUGCAACAUCUCAAUUUUGCUCUUGUUGUAUCUUGUAAAACUAGACAGUUGGUUGUGUUUUUUUUUUUUUAAUUAAAAAAAUUAAAAUCAAGGCUUACUACUUUUUCUUCCCUCAUGAAUCCUUUAUUUAGAUGUCCCAGGGAGGUUUUCUCCCUGCACUUGAAUGCUCUCAAUGAUUUCUUUGCCGUGUUAAUAUUGGUAA